UAAGUAAAAAUUGAUUUGUGUAACUAAAAUGUGCUGUGUUCAUUUAUUUUUCUCAAACGAAAGAGUGAAUUUUAAAUUUGCAUGAAAACGUUAAUUGAACGCUAAAGCUAACAUUUCUGUGAAGUUCUAAAGAUAUACAUGAGCAGUAGGUGUACGGUAUUUACACGUCUUAAAUGCGUAACUACCGUUAAAGGAAAAUUGAAAGUUUUAAAAAAUUAAUUGAAAAUUGGAAUUUGUGUAAAAAAUUGCUUAAACAAUGAACACUAUACACGAAGUGCCGAACGGUGAUCUCAAUGGCAAUGAAGCUACCACUCUUGCGAGUGUAGUGUCUACCACAAGUCUCUCUAAUGCCAGCAGUAUUUCCAGCACGAGCAACAGCACCAAAGUCACCAUCAACACCGGCAGUGAUACAUCGGUGCCGCCGAGCGAGAAGUCACAGGACGACGCAACACCAAUAGCAACAACACCACCACCAACAACAACAAACGGUGAAGCCAAAACCGCAGCGGUUAACAACAACCAAAACGACAGCGAUGCCACACAAGCCAGUAGCACCAGCAACAAUAAAGAUGCCACUGCGACAAUAACAACAACAGCGCUCAUCAAUGGUAACACGAAGAGUUUACGUAACGAUCUCAGUGAGGAUCUGAAGAUAAUCGGUCAUUUGAAGAAUAUCGAGAAGAUCAAUGAGAAGCGUCGACUCUUUCUCAACAACACGAUCAGCGAGUACACGAUCGAUGAGAAGACCGAAACGGAAACCAAAACACAAACGGUUAAUGGCGCCGAAACGGUACUUAGCGAAACGCGUAUACACACACGCGAGGAGCAGCAAAAUGUUGGUGGCAACAAAGUGGGCAGCAGCAGCAGUGCCACCGAGUUCAAUGCGAAUGGUCAUGCCAAAGCGUCAACAGCAGCCGCAAACUUUUCAGCUACGAAAUAUGCAACACUGCCGCGUACACCCGGUACGCCGCCACCCAAACCGCCGAUGUUGAGCCGUACUCGUAGCAUUGGUAUUGGUGAUCAGCGUUCGUAUUCUGCCACAUCGGUGCCGACAUCGCCAACCAAAGCAGCAACAACAAUAACAACUGCAGCGGCAGCCGCAGUGACGUCAACAUAUCCAACAGCAGCGCUUGCACCGAUAGCCACACCCACACCAACAACAAUUUCCACACCGACAUCACCUUUAGCCGCCGCGGUGGCUUUGAGAAGCCCGUCAAACGGCGUUUCACCGAAGUCAACAACUUUAAUUACGAGCGCUGUCUUGCCGGAACCCAUCAAAGUGGCCACCGUACAGCUGCGUGAAGAGCCGCUGCCGACAUUGCGUCGUGUCGUGGAGCGUCCGGUCUCACUGUCGCCGGAGGCGCCAAAACAGAUUUCCAUUAAUCACUAUGAACGUCUGAUUGAGGAACUCAAGUGUCCUGGUUGCGCUUACCCGAUGAAGACACCGAUUUUAUUAUGCAAGACGGGUCACAGUAUCUGUCAGCAGUGCACACGCGUGCUGCUGCUCUGUCCGCUGUGUAAGGAGCCCUUCACCAAUAUACGUUCGCUCACCGUCGAAGCGCUAUGCUCCAAGGCGCAUUUCCGUUGCUCGAAUGCCUCGGGCGGCUGUACGGUGCGCUUGCAAAUUGACCUGCUGAGCUGGCAUGAGAAGCAAUGCAUCUACAAGCCGAUGAAAUGCUUCAUGGGACGUGUGUGGGGCGAUUGCGAGUGGGCGGGACGCGAGGCACACUGGAAGGAUCACUUGGAGAAGGAACAUGCUGAUAAAGUGUUCACGACAGAAACAACCGAUAUGGUUUGGAAUAUGGGUGUAAAGCAGAAACCGCUUACCGGUUAUUAUGUUUUCAUGGUGUAUGAUGAGAUGUUCAAUUUCUAUGAAGUACACGAUAAGGAGCGUAUACUCUUCACCAUGGCCUGCACAUCGACUGUAAAGGAGAAGAAACACAAUUACGCCUUCGAGGUGACAAUUGUGCAUCAAGAGAAUGAGGCGAUUGCCAUCACGCAGAAGUAUCCAGUGCAUAGUGAGUAUGAUAAGGACAUAUUGGCGGAGGGCACUUGCAUUAGCAUGUCGCUAACGGAUCUGGCGAAAUUCAUCGAUGAGGAUCGAUUACUACAUUAUCGCGUGCGCAUUGUGGAAAUAAAAACGCCACGUAAAUUACGUAGUUCUCUACGCAACAGUCCCCAUACCGGCAUACAUCCAACUGAUUUCCAGCAGACACAAAUCGAAGGUGUUAAUCUGAAAGGCGUGCCAGCCGAGGUGAUUGUAACGCGCAAAUUGGAUGACAUACCAUUUGCGGAUAACAGUACUGCCGACACAUCGGCGCAAUCGGCUGAAGGCGUGAGUGAAACUGAAGGUGAGCGGGUAAAAGUUAAAAGCAUUUACAAAGGAAAAUUUUCCAGUAAUGAAAGCGGCUCCGAAAGUGAUCCGGAAUUCGAAGCUUUUAUAGCGAAGAAAUGGGGCACACCACAGUUGCAUUUUAAUAGAAAAUUUUUGAAAAACAAUUCCAAUGAGAGCAAUACAACCGACGAGGCGGACAGUUUGCAUAGACUUGAUCGCAGAUUUGUGCCGGAUGAUAAAAUUUCAGUGACCAGUACUAGUACGAGCUAUAAGAAGCGUGUGACCAAUUCACUGCGCAAGAGUUUCCGUGGUUUUAAGACACCGCAGUUGUUUAACAAGAAGACAGCGAACGAUGUAAAAGACAGCAAAAUUUUUACAUAUCUGCGUAGAUGUGUUACAAAACUCAAGGAUUUGUAUUGAUGCCAAUAAUGGAUUUUGGUUUUUGUGGUUGUUUCUUAUACAUUAAUUGAUGAGUUAAAUAAGAAAUUACAGCAAAAAUCAGCAUCCACACAUCUUAUGAGUACGUAUUAGUUCUAAAUUUAAUAAUACAUAUUUGUGUAUGUAUCUAUGUGUGUAUUUAAUA